GGCACCUCCGUGUCGCCGCAACCUGAGCACCGCAGGCAGCCAGCUGACCACCAGCUGUGCGACUGUGGGCGAUAUUACCUCUGAACUCACACAGCUUACAUCUCUGGACGGAUGCGAAUAUGAUAUAAUCGCGAACACACAAUCUACACCACCCUUACAAUGCCGCGCGAGCGCGCCACGAUCGAGGAGGAGGCGGAGCUGCUGGGAGGGCACGCGGCGGCCGCGCGAGUCUCAGAAGACGGUUCUGAAGCUUCCGGGUCUUCGAUAUCGACCAUGUCGCUUGUACUGGAACACAUCAAUGACGGCGAACCGAACGCCUCCUUGCACUCGAGACUGAACGAGAAGUACACAGACGAUGACGGCUACGUACCGGGGCGUGCCCGCGAGCAGCUGGACAUUGAGGACGGUCGUCUGGAACCUCUCAAGCCGGUGGAUAAGAAGGCGCGGCGCAUGCUGUGGAUCGUGGGCACGAUCUGUAUUAUUGGAUGGGGCCUGGCGCUCUUGUCGUUCUUAUACAGUGGGAGCUACAAGCACGCCUCUACCCGGCCGCACGAUCCUCUAGCAAGCUCUACAAAAGGCUCGGGGAAGAAGGUCACUCUUGAUCAGGUCAUGAGCGGGCAGUGGUACCCGCAUACACAGAGUGUGUCAUGGAUACCAGGUCCCAACGACGAGGAUGGCUUGCUGCUGGAGCAGGGCGUUGGCGGUAAAGACUACCUUGUCGUUGAGGACAUCAGGGAUCAGGGCAAGAAAGGCAGCAAAAGUCACACCAUUUUGAUCAAGGAAAACAGCUUCAGGGUUGGAGAUGCUUAUGUCUACCCAAGCGAGGUCGUGCCGAGUAAAGACUUCAAGAAGGUGCUGGUGCAGUCCGAACGUCAGAAGAAUUACAGACAUUCUUCUACAGGUCUAUACUGGAUAUUCGAUGUCGCAACACAGACCGGUGAGCCUGUCGAUCCUGAGAAUCCCAAGGCACGAAUUCAGAUUGCGUCGUGGUCGCCACAGUCGGACGCCGUGGUCUUCACCCGAGACAACAAUAUGUUCAUGCGCAAGCUCGACUCAAAGACAGUCGUUCAAAUCACCCAAGACGGUGGCGCUGAAUUGUUCUACGGUAUACCAGAUUGGGUGUACGAGGAAGAGGUCUUUUCAGGCGACAGUGCGACGUGGUGGUCUGAAGAUGGGAAAUACAUCGCCUUCCUCCGCACAGACGAGUCGACUGUUCCUACGUAUCCGGUUCAGUACUUCCUCUCUCGUCCCAGCGGAGAGCAACCAAAGGCUGGCGAGGAGAGCUACCCGGAGGUCCGUGACAUUAAGUAUCCCAAGGCCGGUGCACCCAACCCUAUUGUCUCGCUCGAGUUCUACGAUGUGGAGAAAGGCGAGGUCUUCAAUAUCAAGAUCGAAAACGACUUUGCAGACGGCACCCGUCUGAUCACCGAAAUCGUAUGGGCAGGCUCAACCAAGCAAGUACUCGUCCGAGAGACUAACCGCGAGAGCGACAUCCUGAAGCUCGUCCUCAUGGACGUGCAGAAGCGCACAGGUAAAACUGUCCGGACCGAGAACGUAGCAGAACUAGACGGAGGCUGGAUGGAAGUGUCCCAAAAAACCACCUUCGUCCCUGCCGACCCGUCGAAAGGCCGCGAGCACGAUGGCUACGUUGACACUAUCAUCCAUGAAGGCUACGACCAUAUCGGGUACUUCACACCCUUGGACAGUGAUAAGCCGAUCCUGCUCACGCAAGGCGAGUGGGAGGUUGUCGACGCCCCAUCACGUAUAGAUCUCAAGAACAACCUGGUCUACUACAUCUCUACCGAGCGCGGCUCUACCGAGCGCCAUGCAUACGCUGUCAAACUCGAUGGCACUGGGAAGCAAGAAGUUAUUGAGAACAGUGGAGUAGGCUACCACGAUGCGUCGUUCUCUUCCGGUGGGUCAUUCGCCCUCAUCACGUACAAAGGCCCGGGCAUCCCAUGGCAGAAGAUCAUCUCCACGCCAUCGAACUCCGAGAAGUUUGAAAAGGUUCUCGAAGAGAACAAAUCUCUGGAACGCUUCGCCGCUGCCCAUGAGCUCCCCAUCCUCAAAUACGAUACCAUCGAAGUCGACGGCUUCAAACUCAACGUCCUCGAGCGCCGACCUCCGCAUUUUAGCGAAAAGAAGAAAUACCCCGUACUCUUCUACCAGUACUCUGGGCCCAACAGCCAGCAAGUCGAUCGUAAAUUUACCGUCGAUUUUCAGUCCUUCAUCGCCUCGUCGUUGGGAUACAUAGUUGUGACUGUCGAUGGGCGCGGUACUGGCUUCCUCGGGCGCAAACACCGUUGUAUCACGCGUGGUAAUAUUGGGCACUACGAAGCGCUCGACCAAAUCGCGGCAGGCAAGAUCUGGGCUAAAAAGAAGUAUGUUGACGAGGACCGGAUGGCGAUCUGGGGGUGGUCGUAUGGCGGCUUCCAGACACUAAAGACUCUCGAGACCGACGCAGGCGAGACAUUCAAGUACGGUAUGGCUGUUGCGCCAGUUACAGACUGGCGGUUCUACGACUCCAUCUACACUGAGCGCUAUAUGCACAUGCCGCAGCACAACAUUGCAGGCUACGACAACACCUCGAUCAGCGACGUUGCCUCGCUCGCCAAGAAUGUCCGCUUCCUGGUCAUGCAUGGCAUUGCCGACGAUAACGUCCACAUGCAGAACACCCUUACUCUGCUGGAUAAACUGGACCUUGCAAGUGUGGAGAACUACGACGUGCAUGUCUUCCCGGACAGCGAUCACAGCAUCUACUUCCACAACGCGAAUCGCAUUGUAUACGAUAAGCUGACGUGGUGGUUGACGAACGCUUUCAACGGCGAGUGGCUGAGAUUGCAGACUGUGAGGCCGAAGGCGCAGAUUGAUAGCAAGGAGAAGGAGAGGUAAUGUUGCAGCAUCUUCGGUUUUGGUGUUCAGGUAAUUGUGGGAUGGUGUAGUCGAAAGCAAGCAAUGUAAUAUCAGCGUAUUCAAAUUAAACACCU